AUGCUGUGCUUACUCAACAUUCCUGCGAUGUGUUUCGAGGCAGGUUGUCCGGAUCGAAUCACAACCUUGUAUGAGCGAGCGGUUGCUGUUUCUCCAACAGAACAGAAUCUCACACAUCUGUUCAUGGCUCAUGUCAGAAACAGGUCCUUUAAAAAUCAGCAAUUAGUGGCAAUGCGGCUCUUUAAAGAAUUCAAUAAUUCCCCAUACUUUUUUUGGGGAGUAAUGAGUAUUGUAAUGCAGGCUCACGAAAACCCUGAAAUGGGCUCAAAAAUGUUUUUUCCUUUGGCUGCUAGAAUGAUUGAGAACCAUGUGGGAAAGCACGGAUACAAAGCAGGCGCAGAGAUUGAACUGCAUGCCAUGGUCUUGGAAGGAUUGAUGAAAUUUGGCGAAGCUGAAGCACUUCUUGGAACGGAGGAAUCUCGGGCGCUUUUGUCUACACCGCCUACGUUUCUGAUGGCACGACGACUUGGUCUUCUCCUAUCCGCUGGGAAUUAUCAAGCUGUAGUUGACAGAACUAUGGAAGGACUGAAGAACGAGUACGUUUAG